AUUCACCAUUUUACCGUUGUCAUGAUUUGCUGAUGAACAAUAUACAAUAAUUAAGUUUUAAGGAACAAUUGUACACGGGUUUUCUGAUGUAUCAUAAAUGAAUACGCUUUCACUUUAAAUCGGUGUACUAUGCAGGGUCUAUGACCAGUCAGUGAUGCGUUGCAUAGGGAAGUUACGUGAUGCGUAUAUAGUGUUAUUGAUGCCGACGCCAACAACAAAAUUUGACAGUCUUAUGUAAUUCCUUAUGUUGACAGCGUGUCACUCGGAAUGUUUGUGCGUUCAAAUUGACAUCAUUUAAUUUAGGAAAACUCAAUGGAAGAAACUAACGUUUCGAAAACGCAAGGCGCACCGAAAAUGGACAGUGAACCCAUGACAGUAAAUUCUCCGUCUCAUAGCAUCGCGGGAGCGGAAGAAGAAUCAUCAGAACGAACUCCUGAAUCCGUAACUGAUGAAACAUCAGCUGAUUCUUCAGAAAAAAGCGCAUCAAUACUUAAAUAUGAGGAGGAGUGGGCGGCACUGUGCCACCGGGACGACCCGGGCCUGGAGGAGCUGCGGCGGCGCGCGGUGCUGGGCUCCCUGCGUGCCUCGCGCUUCCGCAGCGUCUGCUGGCGGGCGCUGCUCGGCGUGCUGCCGACCGGCGGCGCCCCGCCGCACGGGGAGGCCUGGCUGGGGGAGCUCCGGCGCUCGCGCCAGCACUACGCGCGCCUCUGUGCCAAGCUGGCCGCCGACCCCUGGAAGGACAACGACCUGCUCGUUCGCGACGACCCACUGUCUCAGAGCUCCGAGAGUAUAUGGCACCAGUACUUCUGUGACAAGGAGCUGCGAGCGCUUAUCAGACAGGAUGUUGUGCGCACAUUCCCCGGUGUUGACUUCUUCCGUAAGCAGAUGAUACAAGAUGCCAUGGUCAACAUACUUUUCUGCUAUGCUCGUGAACAUCCACAGAUGUGUUACAGACAGGGUAUGCAUGAGAUCCUUGCCCCCCUUCUGUUUGUGCUGCACUGUGACCACCAAGCACUGCUGCACACGAAGGAGCAGGUACAAGUCAGUGAUGAGAUAUCUGAGAUACUGAACCCCAAGUUCCUGGAAGAAGAUGCAUAUGCCAUCUUCAGUAGAAUAAUCGGUGGAAUUGCUUCCUGUUACCGGAUAAAUGACUUGACCCCGACGGCGACUGGCUACUUUCCGGCAAACCUGCAGACUCCGUCUCCUGAUGGAGGCAGCGGGAGGUCGGAGAACGAGGUGGUGGCGCAGCUGAACUGGAUCCGCGACCGGCUGCUGGCGCCCAAGGACCCGCAGCUGCACCAGCACCUGCAGCAGCUCGACAUCCCUCUGCCCCUCUUCGGAAUCCGGUGGCUGAGGCUACUGUUCGGUCGGGAGUUUCCGCUGCAGGACCUGCUCGUGCUGUGGGACGCCAUCUUUGCAGAAGGGCAGGACUUCGAACUAGUCAACUACAUCGUCGUCGCCAUGCUCAUCGCCAUCAGGCACCAGUUGCUGUCCAGUGACUACACUGCCUGCCUCACCUACCUCAUGAGGUACCCAGGAGCAGUCGACAUCUCGUACAUCAUCGACCACGCGCUGCACCUAAAGGACCCAGAUAAAUACUCGGAGCCGGCAAUAACGUCCUUCCCGACGCUCCCCAACGUCACCGUCGGCGGCCGGGCGGACCUCAACCGGGGCGCGGCGGCGGGCCACACCCACGAGGGGCAGUUCUGCCCGCCGAAGCAGCGCCGCCCGGGCCACCGCCAGCAGCAGCACCACCACCACCACUACCGGAGCAGCACGGUGCCGCCGGGCGACAAGGGCGGCGACGUCGAGAUCGUGGUCAGCUCGCAGGUGGUGGUGCGCAGCUCGGAGAAGGCAGCCGCGCAGCUCAAGAAGGGCUCCGCGCCCGACAUCAGCACUCUCUCUGGAAGACUGAAGAAGCUCUCUUCGAGGUCUGGACGUUGGGGCGGACCCUCCAAGGGCAGCCAGACCAAGAGGGACGAUGCAGACGCAGGGAUCGUGGACGGCUACGCUCUCGAUGACCCACUGCUGCUGUACGCAGAGCUGCACCACGCACGCUCCAUCAUGGCCCUGUGUCGGCUGAAGCUGGAGCAGUACCACUCCGACAUCAAGAAGGCGAUCCUACCCACCGAGCACCCGGAUGUCGCCGAAGCACUCAACGGCAUACUCGAGCUGUGCGCACUGCUGACCUCCAGACAGGGUGCGGCACCCGCGGAAGUGGAGCCGGCGCUGGAAGCGGGGGAGCUGCACGCCCACGCGCAGGCCCAGCCCGCGGGCACGGAGCCUCCGCGCGUCUCGUCAGUGCUGCCCCAGCCGACCGGGGGAUACCGGAGGAGCGCCGCACCGCCCGCCCAGCUGCCACUCGGGGCACCGGCCGGCAGUGGCGCCCCACCCGUCGGUGCGCGGGGAGCCCAGCCGCAGCCUCGCGACGUCCAGAUGAAGGUUUUCCGCGAGCACGAGGGCUCGACCAGCUCCGUGGAGGGCGCGCCGGUCGAGAACCCUCUGGCUGCGGCCGUGGCGGCAGCGUGCGUCGGGCCGGAGGAGCAGCCUCGAGAGGCGGCGGAUAAAAUGUAAUGCCUGCGACAGUCCUGCUGGGCUGCAGUCACUGUACAACCAGAGAGAAGUCUUGUGACUCGUCUAUUAGAAUACUAGACUAUUGUAUAGCAUCAUUCCAGUACUCUUAUUAUCAUUCUUUUUUUAUCCAUUUUCUCAUUUUCAUUCUUUCUCUUGUUUCUCGCAGCUGGAAAGCGUGAGCAGUGGUGGGAUGUAUCGAAACUUCAUUUUGGCCCCCCACCCCCCUCUGUGAUUUAACUCUCAUAUUUUUUACAGGCAAAUGUUAGCAUUAUGCCUCUUCUUGUUAACUUGUUAUUGCUCUUUCUUCCAUUUCUUCUUCUUUUCUUUUUUUUCCUUCUUGCAGUUGUCUCUCCUUUGUCUUCUUCUUCCCUCCUACCUCCUGCAACAUUUUGUAUAACACAGCCACAUUAUCCAUACUUUUAAAUACUGUGCCCCAAUCUCCUCCUACUUCUGAUGUGCCAAAGACAGCCUGCUGUGAGAAUAAACACAAAAGCAAAGCAGCACACUGUGGGUGAAAGUAAAAAUGCAAAAUUUGGGGGAAAGAAUGUGUAACAAAAUUUAAAAUGAAACCGCAAAACUAAAUUAAGUAAUUGAAAUGCGAGAGGAAGCAAGAGGAAGACAAAGUGUGCAUAGGAAGUUCAUCUCUAAACUUGAGUAUUCAUUACCUUCUUGCCUAACAGACAUGGAUUCAGUGUUAUCUACAUAUCCCUCGUUUCUUGCCUGCUUGCACUCUUGAAGGAAACCACUUCUAUUUUUGGUAGCCCGUGAUUCUUACUCGUAAACAGUUUUUUGUUCUCAUCACUUUUGCACUCGAGUGUUGCUGUUUCUCACAAUUGAUGCAAAGGGGCUUUUCAUAGAUUAAUAUAUGGCUUAUUAUUUUUGUAAUCUUUUGUAUAUUGUAUCUAUAGAAACUGUUCAUAUGCUAUUUGAAUUGUGAAAAUCUUUUCAGUAGCCCUGUGUGUCUACAAAUAUUUACCCAGAGUGUAUAUAAAAUCAUAUCGCACUUAAACGUUGGAUAAUUAAUGGCUUUUUAUAUUCACUGCAUAGUAAGUAAAGCAGGCCCACACAUGGGAAAUCGGUGUUAGAAAAUGCGUUCUGUAUUAGUGUAAUUGCAGUCCGAAUUAUUUUUUAAAGUACAGCUCUGCAUUAUUGUAUCGCGUCAUAUGUUCUGGCUGUACAGUACUGUAUUGUGGUAGAGCAUGUGUAAGAGAAUUGAAAAUAUUGACCUGUUUGUUUUCAGCUACAUCAUUUGAGAAAACAGAAUUCCAUGGAAGAUUUUGCAUACAUUAUGGACUAUUUACUAGAAAAUAUUUUGAAGCAAUAGCUCCGUCAUCUGUACAGGGAGUUUUGUUAAUUGAGCAAUCUGUCAGUUAACACUGGAAGAAUUCAUUGUUAUAGAUGGGUAGAUUUACUUCAUGGUGCUUCAAAUAGAUUCAUCCAUAUGUAAUUUGAUGUGUAAAAGUUCUCAAAGUAAUUCCUCGGAAUAAGAAUAUUUGUUAUUCAGUUAUUGGUAGAAUGUUAAAAUGUAAAUGUAUAUGUUGCAGAGUACAGGGGUAUUCGUUGAAUGGCAAAUAAUAACAGAAUACAGGCAGAUAAGAUGCAUGAUUCAUUUGGGAUUGAGCGUGGACUGGAGAUGUGUUAAGUAAUCCUUGUAAACGGCUGUAAUUUUAAAUAUGCACAUGUAAAUAAGAUAUGCAUAAUUUGUGUGUGUGUGUGUGUGUGUGUGUGUGUGUGUGUGUAGCUACUGGCUGUAAAUAUCAAAGCAGAGAGUGUACAAUAUUGAAUUCCCAUUCUUAGAAUUGUCAUAUUUUCAGUGAAUGCUGAACUGAGGGCUACUCUACAAAAAGUAAUGACUGGGGUCUUUUGUUAGUGAGUUCUCUGCUUUGAUGUCAGUUUUGAAUUUAUGUAAUGUAAUUGGUAAUGCGACAAAUUUUCAAUUAGUGUGCCUAGCUCUCAACAGUUGAUAAAUAAUUAUCCCUACAUUUCAAUUUGCAUUUUAAAAUCAACAUCAAAGUCUUUUUGUGAAGUAAAAUUGUACGUAAGGAUCAUUUUCUGUUAUCUAUGUAGUCCAUAUUGCACACUUGCCCAUGCUCGUAUAUUGGUUGCGAAUAAUUCCAUUUUUCACCAGUAAGACUAUUGUUCUUUAUGACCAGUAUUACUUUUAGUCGAUCAACUAUAAGCUAGACAGUGAGGAUGUUCACAGCUCAUAUUGUCAAAUGUUUAGUAUCUAUUUGAGAGCAGUUUGUAGAUGGAGUGGUUUAAAUGCAACUACAUAUUAUUAUUCUGAUUGUAAGGAAGGUUUCUGAAGGUAAGGGGAAUAUGUUGCCUGUUAUUUGUCUAACUGAAAAUAUGACGGCUUACAUAAAUGUGCAAGCUUUCAGAGCCAGUGGCUCCUUCUUCUGGCUGAAGGGUUGAAGGAGAAGGAAUGGGGAUGAAGGAAAAGGACAAGUGAGGAUUAGGAGAGUUUGGAAAAGUUGCCCACAACCCCGAGUCAUGGGAGACUUACCAGACUGGGUGAGAAUGGAAGACUGAGUAUUGGAGACUACACCAGACAAGUUAUGAAAACCAGAGAGCUUAAAGGUGAAAGAUAGAAUAAUAAGCAAGUCAUAGAUUACUGACAAAAUAUCAAGCAAGAAUUGAUAAGAGUGGAAAGCUAAGUGCAUUGUAUGUGAAACAUGUAUAGGGUAGGGAAAAAUAGACAGACCAGAAAACAAAAUAUAUAGAAAAUGAAAAGAGGUGUGGAAAGGAAUAGUUACUGGGAAGAAAUGCUGAGGCUGGAGAAACUAAUGUAAAUGAAGGCCAUAUGGGUGGCGAGAACUGAGGACAUGUUGUAAUGCCAGUUCCCACGAGUGAAGUUCCGAGAAAUGGGUAUCGGGUCAAAGGAUUGAGAUAGCACGUGUGGUGAAAAAGGCUGUGAGGUCACAACUGUCAUACUGUGGAGCACACUUUGCAACAGCAUAUUGUCUGUUGCAAGUAUACACCCUCUGUCUUUCCUUAUUCACGCUAACUAAUAACUUGGUGGUAGUCAUACCUACGUAAAAGGCCAAGCAUAUGUGAAACGACACAUGUUGUGUACUAGCAGUUAUGUAAACAAUGUUCGGCCUUUCACAUUUGUAUAACUACCACCAAGUUAUCAGUUAGGGUGAAUGUACUUAGAGGUUGUAUACUGGCAACACAGAAUACCUUGUUGCAGAGCAUGCUCUACAACACGCAGAUGUGACUUCAGUGCCUGUUUCUCAACAGUUGCCAUCGGGAUUCUGCCUCCAGACACAAGUUUCUCAGAACUUUGCUGCUGGUAACUGGUGCUACGUGUCUGUGGUUCUCACUGCCUACCUGCUCUUAAUUUACAUUAAUUUAUUUGGCACCAGCAUUUCUUCGCUCCCUUUUAAUUUUCUAUAUCUUUCAUUUUCUGACCUGUCUAUUUUUCAUCACCCCUCCCCCAUGUCUGCCACGUAUAAAUCACUUAGCCUUCUACUCUUAUUAAUUCUUGCGUGAUUUUUGUCAGUAAUCUCUGUCUUGCUUCUUUAUUACCUUACCUUCCACUUUUGACCUCUUAAGUUUUUCAAACUCAUCCAGUGCAGUUCCCAACAAUCAGUCUGUCCCUCUCAUCUCAUUCAGUAAGGAUUCUGGACAACUUUUCCAAACCUUCUCAUUUCCUAAGCCUUGCCAUUGCUUUUCCUUUAUCCCUCUUCCUUCCCCUUCAGCCCCUCUGCCAGAAGGACGAGCCACUGGCUCUGAAAGCUUGCACAUUUACCCGAGCUUUAUAUAUUUUCUCCUGCUGCGGCUUGGUGAGCAGAUUUUUAUCCAUCCAAUUACAUUAUAUUUUCAAAAAUCGAUUAUUUUCAUGAGAGCAUGUCGGUGGAGGUAUUUCCCCUGUCGGUAGUCUCUUUCCAGCUGCAUGCGUGGUUUCUGAAUUCCCCCGAUAUCCAGUUUUCAGUCAGUGAAAUUCAGAAGUCUUCAGGCCAGUAGUCAUUGCCAAUGAGCAUUCUUUACUUUUGUGUGUGUUUUUAUUAAACUCUUCUUACUGUUUCGGCGUAACGUACAACUACUUCUUCUCCUGCGCCAAACUUGCCAACACACCAAUGUCUUCAGUUACUAUUUCCUUUACACAUUCCAAUCUCUUGUCUGUCCCUCCACAGCUGCUUCUAAAAACUAUGGAUGUAUUUUCGUGUUGUCUCAUCACAUGUCCCAUCAUCCUAUCCCUUCUUGUUGUGAAUCUUUUCCACAUAUUCCUUCCCUUGCCAAUUCUGCAGAGAACCUCCUCAUUUCUUACCUUAUUGGCCCAGUUAAUUGUCUACAUCACCACACAUCAGUCACACUUCAUUACUCUUCUUUUUCAGCUUCUACUCAGUCCACAAUCCACUUAGGUUUAAUACUGUGCUCCAAAUGCACAUUUGCAUUUUUGUCAAAUUGUGGGUGACUCCUGCCAACUGCCUCCAAGGCAGUCCGCCUGUGGGGCGGGAGUCAGUUCUGUAACUUGCUGCCUUGCUGCACCCCCCCCUCCCCCUCUCCCCCCCCCUCCUAAACAUGUCUCAGAAAGUGCACAUUUUGUACAAAAUAACAGCAGUUUGUGCUCACUUACGGUUUUAAUAUGUCUUCCUCUUUGUGCAUCAGUUUCUGGUUCUGAAUAUGCUCCAAUAGAUACAGCAUACUGUAUUUACACCAUCUCUUAUUUAGAACAUAGUGAGAAAUUUAGUUUAAAUUACAUAAAUAUUUCUUAUUACUUCUGGACUAGUAAGUGGAUUUUUUCCAAGAUGCAUUACAAAUUAUGUGGUAUUUUUAUUCUAGUUUUGUGCUGAAAAUGGCCUUGUACACAAAUUUUGGAAAUUCUUUUGUUUUGUAUUAUUAUUAUUAUUAUUAUUAUUAUUAUUAUUAUUACUGAACUCUAAUUAUUGUUGUUUAAAAUUUAGUUGCAACAUAUUCACUCACAUGAGAAAUGGUUAAGUCCAGAAAGCUCAGUCACUAAUUAGGAGUGGCCCACAAAUUCCUUGCUAAGGAAUUUGUACAUGUCGUUGGACAUGUCUUUGCUGCCCAGAGCCUCAGCAUUAUUUUCUCAAUUUUUUUUUUUUUAAACUGCCAAGAUAAUCAUCUUCAGUAGUCUUUGAGCAGAGAGAGCGUGGAAGAAGUGCAGCAGUUGCACAGAGAGGUACUGGGGAAGAAUAGGAGCAACACAGUUUUCAUUCUCGGUAUAUCCGUUGCUGCCGCCAUCAUAUUUAAAUGCAAUUUCUAUAAUUAUAGUUUUGUUGCCUGUUCUUAGAUGUUCCAGUUACUAGCAAAAUUUUUCUGUAUAUACCACAUGUAUGUGGAAAAGAGAGGCCUGAAAGAGUAAAAGAGGUGCCUCACUAUUGUAUUUGUUUGGGAUUGUUUGAAGUGUGUUGUUGUACCUCCACUAUCACUGAGAAUCUCUACUGUUUGUUAAUGCAAUUUGACAUUUUUCCAAGUCCCUUAACCCCCAUCCCCCAUCCAUUCUGGUAACAUCUUACCACCACCUUACUAGUCAAACAAAAGAAGUAGUUAGGUAUAGUGUUAUACAUUUUGCAAAUUUUUCGCCAUUGUACAAUAGCAGUGUAAAGUCAGGAGAUCGCAAUUUAUCAUAAAUGUUAUUUCUUAUUGUAAUUAGUUUGUAAGUGAUAUCAUUCCAGUAAUCAUCUCCAUGCUUAUCAAGCAGACAUUCCUGUUUAACCCUAGCAGUACCAACACAUUCUCCAUAAUGUGUACUACCAAGGGGGAGGGGAGGGUGGUAUACUUUAUACCCACCAGAAAAAAAAAAAAUUUAAAAAGAAAAUUUUGUUAAUUGUUGUUAACCUUUAUUAACAACAUAUUUUUAAAUAGGUACUGUUGUAUAAGUAGGGUCCAGAACCUGAAAAUAUCUUAGCACAAUCUCAGAAAUAUCAUCACAUUUUCCACAAUGUGUAUGCCAGCAAGAAGGGUACUUUAUAAUCAUAGAAAAGUUGUAAAAAAUGCAAAUUUCGUUGAUUUUUCUUGCCUUUUUUUCACAACAUAUGUUCUAAAGGUGUAUAGAUGUUUGAGAAGGGUCCUGAACGUGAAAAUAUGAAUGACAUUUUUUGUAAUAAGUCACAUUCACUACUACGACUCAAAUUUUUUGGUUAAGUUUAACUGAAAAAUUUAAAACCAUUUUGGAAUUUGGUAUAGGAAAUCAUUCAAUUGUGUGUAUAAAGUUCACGGCUAAAUUACAAUGUUUUCAGAUGCUGAGAAUGAAGUAACCGAUCCCCCUACCCCCGCCCUCUUGGUAUUGUGAAGUUUAAAGCAUAUUUUCAUAUCUGUAUAUAGUGUAUCAGGGAUCUUGUAUUAGUGUUAAGAAAAAUGUUUGUACUAAUUUUGUUACUCAUAAAGGUGCACUAUGUACUUAAGGGAAAAGUGAAUCAGUCAGUAUAACAUUGUUUGUGUUACUUUCAUUUCUGCGUACUGUGCUUUUUUUAUAAUGUGCUUAUUGAAGCUUUCUCAUGUAAGUGUAGCCAUUUGCUUUCGGAUGCAUUUUGUAAGAUUUCUGGCUGUUUCUAUUACUCUCAUUCAUUGACAUUACUGCAGAGCUUUCUGUAAAUACUCGAUAUCUUAAAAUUUACAACAUCCGUUGCUCAAUUAGUAUUACAUUGCUCACCGAGUAUUCUGCUUGCGGUAAACUCCAGAAAAAGUUCGCCGGUAACUUGCUUCCUAUUGAAGGUAUAGUUCCUAUACUAUUAUUUGUAGAUACUAUUUAAUUUAAUAGUGCAAAUUCUCAUUCACAAUCUGUCAAGAAUUAUUAGGAUUUGAGAAAAAUAGUAAGGUAGGUUAUGGGGUGGAGUGUGUUUGACAAUAAAUCCGAUCUGACAUCGUAAUCGUCGAGGAAGUCCUGCACGGAAUAAAAUUGAUUUUAAUGAAAAGCACUGACUGGGGGAUGAGUACAGUAAUAAAUUCAACAAUACAAACUGCUAACGUAAUGCUACGGCAUCAGAAAUGCGUGAGCACUUACAAGUUCAAGUUUUCUGUCCUGAGAGCCUAACCAUUGAACACUGCCUUUGUCUCAAAUCACAUCACCUUUCUGGUAUGUUACUACAUUACUUUUUACCUUUCGCAGUGACUAAGUUGGUUUGGUUUCCUUUCCUUUUCCUACACUCUUUACAGGUUGCAUCCCUUAGUACUGAAGUGACCAAACAGAAUAUUGUGAGAACAGUUCACAGCUGAAUGCUGCAAGUUAGACCAAACUGUUUGGGUUUCUUUGGUAUUCAUGUAUUAGACUUCUUAUUUUGACCAUUUUAUCACACACACAUUUCCGUAACAAAAGAAAUUUCCGUGCGAAGUACCAAUUUUUACGCUGGACUUUUUUCUUCUCAAUUGCAGUAAUAUUAAUUGUGACAAGUAUCUGCAGAAUUGUUUAUAAGAUCAUUUAUUAGGGCAUGUGUCAUUGAGAGCAGAAUACUUUACAUUACUUUGGUGUAUCUGAUAGCAAGUAGGUGCUACACGGUUCAUUCCUUAGUAAUAAUGUAUUGUGGCAUAUUGUCUGUGUGAAUCGUGUCGGAUAUUCGAGACACACUCGAGGAAUAAUGUCUGUCGCGUGCCGAGAAUGUUACAAAGUGUCAUUCCUAAAGUUUUGAUGUGAAACAUUUUAGAGCAUCUUAGUAAAUGUUUGGCUUCCACAAAUAUCACAACUACUCGAAAAGCCGUAGUAUUACUUAUUAGGUGCCAAAGUGUAUUAUUUGUAGUUGUAGCCCAAAUGGAGGACUUGUGCAGAAACUGGCGGAUACACGUACUCUUGAGCUACUCGACAGUGUAGAAGAUAAGGCAAAGGAAACACUACGAUCUAUCGUUUUCGUAUUUCAGUUCUCAGAUCAAAACUUAGAAAUUUGCAUUCUAGAUAAUUUCCUUAUGAUUUUCAUUGAAUUUCUUGAAGAUUAUUUGCACAUUUUAAUUGUUGCAUUGACUGUUUUAUUUUUAUAUGUAAAAAGAAUAUUAUGUGACAAAUACAUAAGUUUGUAAAUAAAA